AGUGGAUUUGUAGGGGGUGAAGGGAGGGGUGUUUGUUGGUUGUUGGAGACCCCGCAUGUGGAUUUACCCGUGAAGUAACCUUUAUACAGUACCGAGUUACAUCUUAUCUUCAAGAACUUCUUCAUCAGUUUGCUCUUUUUGUUUUCUCUGUCUUGUCAGAUAGAGAUACAGGAAUUCAAAAUGAUGUUCCUCAACAGCAAGAGCAGCAAGGUCGAUAGAACGGCCCUCGCAGAAGCCUCGCAUCUCAAUAACAAAGUAGGACCAUGGUGGAAGGACAGAGGUCUCCUUAAAUUGAACUUUCUCAUUUUCAUCCCGAUUAUGAGUGAGUAUGUUCAGGGCUACGAUGCUAGUCUGAUUAACAAUGUUCAGCAACUGGCUGUUUGGCGGAAAGGUAGCUAACAGAUUAUUAUCCCCUUCAUUCGACUUCAUACUCUCCAUCACUCUUAGGAUUGUAUUUGGUUGACCAUCACGUUAGAAUUUCAUAACCCAAAAGGCUCUCUCCUCGGUAUCCUGAGCGCUAGUUAUUGGGUUGGGAACGUCAUUGGAGUAGGUUUUAUCACACCACUUAGUGACAAAUAUGGCCGAAGGAUGGCCAUGUUCUUUGGUAGUCUGGUUUGUAUCUUCGGUACGGCUUUGUGUACUGGGGCCGUGAAUGCGGGCAUGUUCAUUGCGGGAAGGCUGUUGUUAGGAAUUGGUGGUGUGGUUGUUGGUGCUAUUGGACCUGUAAGUCAAUCAGUCUAGGAAUUGGAAGAGAGUGAAUGAGGCUGAUUGUGAUAGGUCCUUGUUGCUGAGUUGGCUUAUCCUAGUGAGUUUUGCCAGCAGCUGGAGAUGUGAAGGUUGAAGUGGAGCAAGGCUAAUGGCAUUAGGUCAACGUGCUACUGCUACUGCUUUAUCGAAUACUCAGUAUUCCAUGGGUUUGUGUAUCCUUCCGUAGGUGUGAUGAAACGAAGCUAAUUAUUCUAGGUGCCAUUGUUGCGGCAUGGAUUACUUUCGGUAAGAGGCAGCAAUUGAGGCUUUGGUUAAUGCUAACUAAAUUCUAGGAAGCUUCCGACUCAAUUCAACCUGGGCAUGGCGUAUUCCCUCAAUCUUCCAAGCUCUUCCAUCAGUUCUCCAAGCAAUCGUAAGUUUCUUCACAAUCCCCAGAUCUUCAAUCUCGAAUCCACAACAACUUGUCCUCCUACCUAUACAGUUCCCCAAAGCACAUAUACAGUACGAUCCUCCAAACAAAGCAAUGACUAAUUCAAACCCUAGGGAAUAUUUCUCCUCCCCGAAUCCCCCCGCUGGCUCGUCAGCAAAGGCCGCGAAGAAGCCGCUCUCCAAGUCCUAGCCCACUACCACGGAAACGGCGACCGCGAAGACGCAGUCGUCCAAUUCGAGUACCAAGAAAUCCUAGGAACCAUCGAACUCGAAAUGCAAGCCUCCAAAACCACCUGGGGAGAUAUCUGGAAGGGAGCGGGGAAUAAGUGGCGGAUUUUCAUCAUGAUUUGGUUUGGGAUUUGUAAACAGUGGAGUGGGAAUGGGGUUGUUUCGUAUUAUUUACAUACGGUGAGUUUGAUUGAAGAGGGGGGAGGGAGAAGGGGGUUGUGCUAAUGGGAUUAGAUGCUUAAUGAUGUGGGCAUCACGACGACGCUUGAUCAGACGUUGAUUACUGCUACUUCGCAGAUGUUUUCUUUCGCUUGUUCGGUGGGCUUCGCUUUCCUGCCUAAUCGAGUCGGAAGAAGACCUCUACUGUAAGUCUCAUCAUUCCCCCUCGGGAACCAACAAGACUAAACUAACCUCUGAAUCUAGUCUGUGGUCUAUGGCAGGAAUGUGGGUCGUCUUCACAAUCAUCACGGUCCUCACCGGCGAAUUCACAAAAACACACUCCAAACCCGCCUCCUACACCGCAGUAGCAUUCAUCUACCUCUACUCGGGGGUCCACAACCUCGGCUGGACGGGCGCCAUGAUGCUCUACGUCGUGGAGAUCCUACCCUACAGCAUACGCGCGAAAGGCAUCUCGCUUUUCUGGCUCAUCACAGGCGUUGCAGGCGCAUUCAAUACCUACGUUAACCCGAUUGGUCUGACUAGGUUUGGAUACAAGUUCUAUUACUUUUAUGUGGUCUGGAUUGCGGUGGAGUUUGCGGUCGUUUAUUGGCUUUGUCCGGAGACUAUGGGGACGAGUUUGGAGGAUGUGGCGCUUAUUAUUGAAGGGGAGCAGGCGAAGGUGGGGAUGGUUAAGGGGGUUCAGGAGGUGUUUGGCGAGAAGGAGGGGGUUAGGGAGGAGGUUGUGGAGCAUGUUGAGAAGAGGGGUUGA